GUUACCAAGAAAGACUGAUAUGGAAAGAAAAAUAGAAAUAGUGCAGUUUGCAAGUCGCACUCGUCAACUGUUUGUUCGUUUGUUAGCCUUAGUCAAAUGGGCUAAUAAUGCUGGAAAAGUGGAAAAAUGUGCGAUGAUAUCAAGUUUCUUAGAUCAGCAAGCCAUUCUGUUUGUGGACACUGCUGAUCGUCUGGCAUCGCUAGCUAGAGAUGCUUUGGUUCACGCUCGUCUACCUAGUUUUGCCAUCCCAUACGCUAUCGAUGUUUUGACAACUGGAUCAUACCCGCGCCUGCCUACCUGCAUCAGGGACAAAAUAAUCCCACCUGACCCAAUAACAAAGAGUGAGAAGCAAACCACACUUCAUCAGCUAAACCAGAUUCUUCGACAUCGACUAGUGACUACAGAUCUCCCGCCACAACUGGCAAAUCUUACAGUUGCCAAUGGCCGUGUGAAGUUCCGAGUUGAGGGUGAGUUUGAGGCCACCUUGACAGUGAUGGGUGAUGACCCUGACAUCCCCUGGCGCCUUCUCAAACUGGAAAUUUUAGUUGAAGACAAGGAAACUGGUGAUGGUCGAGCCUUGGUUCACAGCAUGCAGAUCAACUUCAUCCAUCAGUUGGUCCAGUCACGGCUGUUUGCUGAUGAAAAGCCACUUCAGGACAUGUACAGCUGUCUGCACUCCUUCUGCUUAGCACUUCAGUUGGAAGUCUUGCAUUCACAAACACUAAUGCUGAUUCGAGAGCGCUGGGGUGACCUUGUGCAAGUGGAGCGAUAUCAUGCAGGGAAAUGUCUCUCACUCUCUGUUUGGAAUCAACAGGUGCUUGGCAGGAAAACGGGAACCGCAUCUGUUCAUAAGGUCACUAUUAAGAUUGAUGAGGCUGAUGUCUCAAAACCAUUACAAAUAUCUCAUGAGCCUCCACUGCCAGCCUGUGAUUCCAAACUGAUGGAAAGAGCCAUGAAGAUUGACCACCUAUCAAUAGAAAAACUCCUAAUAGACAGCGUCCAUGCAAGAUCUCAUCAAAAACUCCAGGAGCUGAAAGCCAUUCUUAAGAAUUACAAUGUUAAUGACAAUUCAUUCAUUGAGACGGCUCUUCCAACUCUUGUAAUUCCAAUUUUGGAACCAUGUGGUCGAUCAGAGUGCCUGCAUGUGUUUGUUGAUCUCCACUCUGGAAUGUUUCAACUGAUGCUAUAUGGUGUUGAUCAACUGACACUUGAUGACAUAGAAAAGUCUGUUAAUGAUGAUAUGAAGCGUAUCGUUCCUUGGCUCCAGCAGCUCAAGUUCUGGCUUGGACAGCAGCGUUGCAAACAGUCUAUAAAACAUCUGCCUACAGUGAGCAGUGAAACUCUUCAACUAGCUAAUUAUGCUAGCCAUCCAGUGGGAAGCCUUUCCAAACACAAAUUGUUUAUCAAACUCACUCGCCUUCCACAGUACUACAUUGUUGUAGAGAUGUUUGAUGUUCCUGGCAACCCCACAGAACUAGAGUACAAGUACCAUUUUCUAUCUGUGAGCUAUGCUGAAGGAGAUGACAGCCCUGCUACUGCACUUUUACUACAGCAGUUCAAACCAAACAUUGAAGAGUUGGUACUAGACACAAAAAGCGGGAAACAAAUGAAAAGUGGUGUCAAGCGCAAGUUAUCUGGUGAUCCAUGUUCCAUAGAACCUAAGAAACCAAAACGGUCGGGAGAAAUGUGUGCCUUCAAUAAAGUGCUAGCUCAUAUUGUAGCCAUGUGUGAUACAAAUAUGCCAUUUAUAGGGCUUCGUAUGGAGUUAUCUAAUAUGGACAUUCCUCACCAAGGAGUACAAGUAGAAGGAGAUGGCUUCAGCCAUGCAAUACGUUUAUUAAAAAUUCCCCCCUGUAAAGGCGUAAACGAGGAAACACAGAAGGCUCUGGACCGAUCUCUUCUUGAUUGCACUUUCCGAUUACAAGGUAGAAAUAAUCGCACAUGGGUGGCUGAGCUGGUAUUUGCAAACUGUCCACUUAAUAGCACUUCAUCCAGGGAGCAAGGUAAGUUUUAUUUAGGAAGACUG